UUGAUGUUUAGAAGAGUGUAAGUCUCAUUUGACUGCCACCAUGCUGGAAAGUCUAGCAGCAUGGGUGCUCAACAAUUACUUGGGCCAGUACCUGGAAAACCUGAACACAGACCAGCUGUCUGUGGGCCUCCUGCAAGGUGCUGUGGAAAUGGAGAACGUUCCCCUGCGCAAGGACGCGCUCUCCAGCCUGGACCUGCCGGUGCGCGUGACGGCCGGCUUCGUCGGCAAGAUCCGGCUCUCGAUCCCGGUGCGCCGUCUGAGCAGCGAGCCGUGGUCCAUCUCCAUCGAGCAGCUGUACGUGGUACUGGGACCCGUCCGGCCAGAGGAGAUGGACGCGGAUGCGGAGGAGGCGGCCGCUCGGCAGCGCCAGCUGUGGCAACUGGACGCCGUCGAGGCCACCUGGCGCGCUGAACACGAGGCCAAACAGGAGACCUCCUACUACGCGGCCAGCUACAGCUCCUGGGUCAACUACGGCAGCAGCAUCGUCGGAAACAUCGUCGCAAAUCUGCAGCUGAAGAUCCGCGACGUUCACGUGCGGUACGAGGAGCCCGGGUUCGCUGUCGGUCUUACGGUCGGCGCGCUGACAGCCCAGAGCUGUGACGAACGCUGGGUGCCCGGCUUCGUGGCCGAGUGUCGCGACAACAUGCGCUUCAAGCUGCUGGACCUGCAGCAGCUGGACGUCUACUGGGACACGCAGGCGCAGAUGUACUCGGAUAUGACCAUCGGACAACUGGCCGACGCCUCGGCGAUAAAGGCCAUUUGGUGUCUCAACGCUGGAUUAUGGCAUUGCUGGUCAUCACAUAAAUGUUCUCUUUUUGUGGUGUAUUUUGUUUGCCGCAUUUCUACCUUCAUCUUCGUUACAAAUCCACGUCCGUCUAUCUGGCAGGAGGUGAUGAUCGCCGGCGCGCACCACGAGUUCCUGCUCUCCCCGGUGACCGUCCAGGCCCGGCUGAAGCGCGACUGCUCCGAGCGGCCGCUGCGCUCCCGGGCCCGGCCGCGACACGUGCUGGACCUCCAGUGCGAGCGUCUGUCGCUCUCUCUGGCAGACAGACAGUUCCAGCAGGCGGUCGGCUGGGCGCGCAGUAUGGAGGUGCUGGACCGGCGGCGCCGCUGUCUGCGUCACCGCGCCGACCGGCCGCCGCGCGAGGCGCCCGCCGCCUGGUGGCGGUUCGCCAUCCUGACCCACCUGGACCGGAUCGGCCGGCGGCGGCGCCACCGCACCUGGGAGGCGGCGUGCGAGCGCGCCUCGCUCGUCGCCCGGUACGCAGCCGUGUAUCGGGAACACCUUCGCUGCCCGGCCACACUCACCGCCGAGCAGCGGGCGCUCAAAUUCCGCUGCGAGUCAGAGUUUGAGUUCGAGGCGCUGGCCGCGCUCCGCGAGUGGUGCAUGCUGCAGGAGGAGCGUGAGGCGGCGCUGCGGCGCGAGCAGGGCGCGGCGGCGGCCGGCGCCGGCGGCAGCGGCCGCGGCCUGCUGCAGUCGUGGUUCCCGGCCUGGGGCGGCUGGUACGGCGGCGCCGGCGAGGAGCCGGAGCGGCAGCGCCCGGAGCUGGAGGCGGCGCUCGAUCAGAUGGCCGACACGCUGGAGAACAGCUCGGCACUGAAGCGAGACGCCGUGUUCAGCCAGCUCAACUUCAGCCUCAAACAGGCCGAGAUGAAACUGGUCCGCGCAGAGGCCGGGGGCGAGAGGCGGCCCCUGUUCGACCUGGCCUUCGAGAAGGUGGAGGUGGCGGCCGAGUCGCGGCCCCGCAGCGGCUCUCACCUGCUGCAGACCUCUCUGGGCGCCCUGUACCUGCACGACCACGCCACGGCCGGCUCGGCGUUCCCGCGGCUGGUGGCGCCUCAGCCUCGCGCCGCGCCGGCCGCGCCGCUGCGCCAGCUCAGCCGCCUGCCGGGGCUCAGUAGUCUGCUGGCGCCGGCCGCCGAGCCGCCACUGUUCGAGCUGCACUACGAGCGCCGGCCGCCCGGCAGUCGCGCCGAUUACAAACUGCACGUCACGUCUCGAUCGCUGGAUGUGGUGUAUAACCCCGAGGCGCUGCGGCUGAUGAGACAGUUCUUCACGGCGCGACGUUCAGACGCUGACGCCGAGCGGUUAGCGCGACUGGAGAACGCGGCGCGGGUUAGGUACGAGUCGCUUAAGAGACAGACUAGGGAGGAGCUGAUACAGACCUGGGAGCAGAUGGUCGAGGGCGACAACAUCGCCAGGAAGACGUGGGACGUCAUGUUCAACAUCUCAGCGCCACACAUCAUCCUACCGGAAACGCUGCAGGAUCCGUCCGGUCUGCUACUCGUGCUUGACUUUGGACAUCUGAAGCUGCACAACGACAUGUUCUGGGAGGAAGAGGCUCGACGCCAGGCGGCGGCCGCUGCGGCCGGCCUGGAUGACGACGACGCAGACGACGAGGAUUUCUGCACGCCGUGUUCUACGCCGCAGGAGACAGAGCCGGAGUCGGUUGCGACAGCGGGAUCGGCAGUGCCCGAGUCACCGUCAACUGAUACCAUCUCUAUGGCGACAGCGCCGGAGAUGACACCAGCGCAAGCGGCGCGCUGCGAACUCCAGAAGAAGAUGUACGACAAGUUUUCUCUCAACUUCAGCGACCUACAGGUGUUAGUGGGCCGUGUGAGGGACAAUUGGCGCCAGGCUCUGGCCAAGGGCAGCAGUCCGAUGCAUGUGUUGGACCGGUUCACCAUCUCCCUUCAACUGGAGCGGCGUCGUUUGGCUGCGGCCGACCCAGAGUGGCCGCUGGUACACAUUAACGGCAACCUCAGCCACCUGAUGGUGCACGUCAGCGAACAGAAGGUACACGCGCUGCGAACACUCGCCAGUCGACUCCUACUGGAUGAGGAAGAGCCGGUAGACUCUCCGACGGCCGGCGAGGACAAUCUCUCUGAGAUGAGUGGUGAGGGUGACGGCGCGGGAGGGGAUCACUCGCAGCCGGCGGAGGAUGAGGACGGCGCUGUGCCGUCAGAACCCGCCUCAGACGCGGCCCGGCUACUGGUGGUGCAGUUCGCCACCGGACAGAUGUCACUGGCGGUACAGUCGCGCGGCCGCGCCGUGGCUGAACUGCAGGUGUGUGGUGCGCGCGGUCAGCUGACGCGUCGCCGCCGCCGCCUGCAGCUGGCGCUCUCUGUGCAUAGUUUGCUCCUGGUGGAUGCGCUACAGACGUACGGAGCGGAUUUCGAGAUCCUGGUGGCCAGCCACCGCGGUGUGGGUGUGGACAGUGUGAGUGGCUCUCUACUGGACUCCGAACCGUGCAGUCCGUGCAGUCCCGCCUCGCCGACCGGCGUGGACCGCUCGACCUCGCCCGUCUCUCUGACGCAGGCGGUCAGUCAGAAACUGCAGUCGGCUACUCUGCGGGUGGUUCACACACACGACGCGUUAAUCACCCUGGAUGUGACGAUCGUACUACCCACACCCGGACAGACGCCGAGCCAGACACUGCGUACUGUCUCCAUGAGGUUCAACACGCUGGAUGUCAUAGCCAACCAGGAGACUAUAGUCGAGCUGGCAGGGUUUCUGAACCGCAUCAGCACUCCCCCGGACCCGGUCAGUGCAGAGAAGCCGCUCUCCCGGCUCGCAGAGGCGGACGAAAACACCACCAGUAGUCGUACCGAGCUCACCUUCGACUUUCACAAACUAAACGUACUACUACUGCGCUCCGUCAGCGACCGGUUCGGACUGACGGGCCGUAAGGUGGCCACGGCGACGGUGAGCGGCGCGCGGAUCCAGGCCACUCUGUCCGAUCAGCUGGCGGUGAGCGGAGCACUGGGAGGUCUCCAGGUCCGGGAGCUCAGUCCGGCCGCACACCGACAUCCCUGUGUGCUGUCGGUCGGCUUCGACCCCGUCGUGGAGCAGUCGCAGGACCUGCUGCGCCGUCUGAACGCCGACCUGUACCGGGACAGCGAGCAGUGUCCGCGGGCGCUGCAGUUCACGGCCCGCCGGCCGGCCGGCUCCGAGGGCACGGCUCAGCUCGAGGUGCGUCUCGCCUCCGUCUGCUACACCCACAGCGCGCCGUUCCUGGUCGAGCUCGGCGGCUGUGUGGACGAGUUCAAACAGUACGUGACCGAGCUGGCCCGCUCGGUGGGAGCUGCCGCGGCGGAAAUGGCCAGGGAGAUGGUGCACAUCAGGUCAGACUCGGUCAGUGACGCCGGCUCGCUGGUGACGGGGUCGGAGGCGGCGCGGAGUACCCUGAGCCCUCCCCCGGCGGCCGGGCGCGGCGAGCCGUCCCCUCAACCGGCGGCCGGGCAGUCGCUGGCAGGGAUCGAGCUGAGUGUGGUGCUGGAGACGCCAAUUGUGGUUGUACCGGAGAGCGCCGGGAGUCCGCGGGUGCUGGUGGCACACCUGGGCCGGAUCGCGCUCAACUGCCGGCCGGAGGACAAACAUCGGCUGCACGUGACCGAUAUGAACCUCUACUCGCUGGAUCUGGACAAAGUGAUGCUCACCAAGAGCCUCAGUCCUGGCCGUGCGUUUAGCACGCUGCGCGCCGACCAGCUGUACGACGCCCGUCUGUGUGGAGACCCGAUCCUGUACGACACGGCGCUGGAGAUCACCCUGCAGUCGGUGGAGGUGCCGCCGUCCGGGCAGACGGGUCAGACGGGAGCCGCCGCCGGCCGCGCCCAGCAGACACUUCAGGUGGACGGUCAGUUUGUGACGCCGGUCCGUCUCUCGGUACUCAAAUCUCAGUACGAGCAGAUCAUGCGCACUAUGAACAACCUCACUGUGCCGAGCGCCGCCGGGGCAGAAGACGUGGGGACGGAGACAACGCAGGAAGAUGACGUGAUGGCUGAGGAACCUGGAAAAGAGCCGUUGGAGAGGAAGAUAUCUGCACCAGCUCAGAACCACGGAAUACCCAUACAUGGCUCGUUCCAGCUGUCCGAGUUUGAGAUGGAGCUGCGCAGUGACAUGAGCCGCGGCGGGCCGUGCGGCCUGGUCACCCUGACCUUCAGCGACCUGUCGGUGGCCUACGAGCGGCGCCAGCCCGACCUGACCGAGCUGAGCGUCACACUACAGGGAGUCACCAUGGAGGAUCUGCUGCAGCUGCCGGACGCGCCGCACCGCUACCUGCUGCACUCGCACAACACUGUGAGCGAGCGCCGCCCGUCGGCGGUGGGCCCAUUCCUGUCGGCCUCGUGUCCGGACAUUGCUGCCGGGCUCUCCUGUGACGAUGACCUGUCGCUGUCGGCACCCACCUCAGCUGAGGUGCUGUGUGGCAGUCUGCCCGACCGACUGAACGGAGGGGGAUUCCUGGCGCCGCGGCCGGCCGCUCCCCGCAGCACAUACGAUCGCGGCGUGCGUUCGACGGGCUGCCGCAGUCCUCCCAGCUCGCCCACUCGCCCGGCGCCCGAUCCUGAGAAGGCGCUCAUCCAGUGCACGGUGACGCUGCGCUCUGGCGCGCGUGCCGCCGCCGUCAGCCGCACGGUCGACCUCAACUUCAACUGUCUGGACGUGGUAGUUAGCCCGCAGUCGUGGGUGAUGGUACUGGACUUCUUCAACGGACAGCCGCACCCGCCGACCGCGCCGGCGCCGGAGUCGGGUGUGCCCCGGAGCAGCUCUCGCGCGGCGCCCCUGUCGGCUGCCGCCGCCGGUGGGGCCGUCACCGAGACCCUGGUGCGGGUCCGCUCUCUGAGCCUCCUGCUGAACCAGCCGGGCAGCGGUCCGCUGGCGCGCGCCACAGUCACCGAUUACAGCAGCAGGACGCUGUCAGGUGCUGAGCGGGCGACGACGUCCGGCCGGCUCGGCGCUCUGGCUAUGGUGGAUCUCACCGCGCACGGCGCCCUGUACAAGGAGAGAUUCGUCACCGCCGGACCCGAGGCCGUCCACUUCGACUUCGUCAAGUUCCAGUCGCCGGACCCGGCUCUGCGCCGUGAGUUCGACACCCAGCUGCGACUACGGAUGGCCUCCGUCCAGUACGUGCACACGGCCCGCUUCCUGGCCGAGCUGCAGCAGUUCUUUGCACACUUCACUGAGCUGCAGGACCUGCUCAACCGGCUCCAGUCCGAGGAGGAGGUGAGCAGCCGCGGCAGUCGGGUCUCACUGGACGUCCAGGCCGGCUCUCCCGUCCUCCUCCUGCCCCUGUCGGCCACCUCUCGUCAACUGCUGGUGGCCGACCUGGGCAGGCUGCGCGUCACAAACGCGUUCCGUCUGUCGGGCUCGGAGCCGCCGGACGCCGCCACCGCCAGGGAUAUACCCUUCUCUAGACGGGCGGCGCCGCGGGGCCGCGUGUCGCCCGUGCUGCGCGCAGGCCGCGUCGACCGUCCGGCCACACCGGAGCCGGUGCCCUGUCUGCUGGAUGUUAUGGAGGUCAGUCUUUCGGACAUGGACGUGUACUCUGCCGAGCGGCUGGACGUACUGUCGGCGGCGGCCGAGCGGCCCGGGCCGUCGGACCUCCACCUUCACUCGUACCUGGUGCGACCCACGCCCGGCGGACGCGUGCUCAAACAGAAGGCCGGACUCAAACUGGUCGUCGAGCGAAACCUGGACGCCGCGCUCAACCACGACGUGCCAGACAUGAGCGUGCGCGGCAGCCUGUCGACGCUGGACCUGUCGGUGGACCUGCCGCAGUACAAGCUGGUGCGCGGCCUGCUGGUGCACAACCUGGGCGAGCCGCUGGGCAUGGAGCCCACCGACCUCAUCCAGCCGCACCACGUGCCGGUGCUGGCGCCGGAGACGGUGUGGCUUACCAUGUCGGUCAGGCUGGACCUGCAGAACGUCUCACUGGAGCUGGUGACCGAUGACGCCGCCGCGCUGGCCCGCGUCGACUUCAUCCGCUCACAGCUGCUCUUCGAGAGCUUCUCCGACUCUUCCAAGGACGUGGAUCUAAUGUCCAGAGAGAUCCGGCUGCACGACACACGAUUCACCGAUUUUCCGGCCAACAAGCGUUCGAACGUGUUCAGUCUGAUCCUGCAGCCGCUGUUUGCCAAGACGGAGCGCAGCCUCCAGGCAGAACUGCAUUACCGGGCCUCGGCCGAACACGCCCAGUUCACAGUGCUGCUCAACAGCAUGCGGCUCAUGGGCGUACUCGACUGGUGGCGUGAGGUGAACGAGUUCAUAAACGCCAGUCCGGACGGUGUCUCUCCUCCGGAGGACCCGUCAGCACCGUCUGUGGUCGUCCCGGCCAACCCGUCAGCCGCGCCCACCGCCGGCAUGGCCGUCGGCGCCGGCGUGGUGACUCGCCGGGCGGCCGUGCUGGGCCAGCCGCAGCAGAGUCUGGAGCUGAAGCUGAACGUCUCCGACUGUGAGCUGGUGCUGGUCGAGAACCCCACCCUCUCCGACUCGGCUGCCGUCAUACUCAAGACGACUGCUUGCGUGCAGUACCGGCCUCAGAGCCGCGAGAAGCCGCUCAGCUGCGAGCUGCAGAACUGCGAGCUGUUUAGCUGUCUGCUGGGCGGCGCCGAGCAGGAGACCGCGCUCUCCAUCGUAGACCCGGCCACCGUCAACAUCGAGAUAGCCGGCAAGCAGCCUCCGGAUGCCGCGCGGGGUAUCCUGGACGCCACCGAUACCGAGGUGCACUUCCACAUGGAGGUGCUGAUGCAGCAGCUGAACGUGCGGGUUAGCUACCACGACAUGAAGAUGUUUGUGGCUAUCAUGGAGAGCCUGCCUAAACAGACGGGAGCGGUGGCGCAGACCGGCGGUCGUCUCUCGGCGCAGCCCGUCAACCUGCAGGCCCCGCUGCGUCAGCUGCAGCGUCUCGGGUUCGCUGAGGAGGACUGUGAGAGGGCGCUGACCGUCUGUCAGGGACGGCUGGACGACGCUGCCAUCUGGCUCACACAGCACGCGUCUCCGACGACAGAAGCUGUGCCGCCGGACCCGCUGCCCAGUCAGCCACUCUUCGACCUGCGCAAAAUCAACCUGCACACGUCAUCGUUCUCAAUAUGUGUGAUCGACGACUGCGGUGACGCGGACGUACCUCUGGUGGAACUGUGCAUGAACCAUCUGUUGGUGUCCCACUCGAGAGAUGGCGCUGGCGAGGCCACCUGCGAGCUCUCCUGCGACUACUACAACCGAGCUCUCUCCGGUUGGGAACCGUGCAUCGAACCGUUCAAGUGUGAGCUGGACUGGCGACGGGAGUCGGCCGCCUCCAGUGGCGGGGGCACCUCACCGUCCCCCACCUCCAGCGACCGGCUCACCGUCAACAUCCGCUCCAAGCACCAGGCCAACGUGAACGUGACGUCGACGCUUCUGGAGCUGUACUCGAUGGUUCGCACCAACUGGACUGAGGACUACUACAAUCGACACAGACUGGGCGGGCCGCGUGUGGCCAGCCGCCGGCGCAGUCCGUUCGUCCCAUUCAGUCUGAAGAACGACACCGGAUCGCGACUGAAGUUCCGCACCGUUCUCACCUCGUUCAGCGGAGGCCAGGACGCGGCUCAGGCAGGCCCGGCGGGCGGCCCCGGCGGCUGGACCGAGGUGGGCGUCGACGAGGCCGUGCCCUUCACCUUCGGCGGACGCGGGAAGCUGCGCCACCAGGACACGCACACCACUCGGCAGCACCAGCUGGUGGUGUGGGUGGAGGGCUGGCAGCCCGCCUCGCCCGUCUCUGUGGACAGGGUCGGAGUGUACUUCCGACAGACGGCGCCCGUGCCCGGCCGGCACCCCAGCGGGAUGGAGCAGCCGCCGGCGCGGGUGGUGUUUUCCGUCACCCUGCAGGGCACUGCUCGGAAACUGGUCACCGUCCGAUCGGCGCUGAUGGUCGCCAACCGACUGCCCGACCCGGUCGAGGUCAAAAUGGAGGGCGCCAUACCACGCAUCGGAGCUGCCGUGACGUGUCGCCGGCUGGAGCCGCUCGGCCGGCUGUCGGUACCUCUGCGCUGCGUGGGCGCGCUGCUUUGGUGGCGCCCCACGCCGCCGCCGCACCGCCUCACGCACGGCUACGCGGGCCGGCCGCUGCGGCCGUCCGACCUGGGCCGGCCCGGGCACUCGGCGGCGGCUAGUCACCUGGCCGGUCCGGAGCGGGUGCUGCAGGUGUGCCCCGGGGCGCGGCGGCCCGUGCCGCUGGCGCUGGUGCACUGUCAGCAGCUGGGCCGGCCGCUGUCGGCCGCCGGCGGAGGCUGGAGCCUGACCGCCCAGCCGUGGCGCUGGUUUUGCGUCAACAUCGAGCGGGACAGCUACCCAGAAGACCCGGCGCCGUACACCCGACAGGCGGCCACCGGCCGCCUGGGCGUUGGCCAGCAGCCAGGUCACACCAUCACCCUCCUCCCGCCGGUGACCAUUGUGAACCUGCUGCCCUGCGAGCUGCGCUACUCGGUCUCCUGCGGCGCCAGCAGCGCCGAUCCGCCGCCAGAGGCCACCCGGCGCAUCGACGCCGGGAAACAGGCCGCUCUGGUCGAUGUGGACCUGGAGCAGGAGCUGCUGCUCUCGCUCAGCGUGGAGGGCUGCCGGCCGGACCGUGCCCUGGACAUCACGGCCGCGCGCGUGGCCGGCCUCGACUGGGCGCCGGUGGCUCUGCGCGACUCGCGCGGCCGGCUGCUGCAGCUGCGCGCGCGGCUGCGGCACGGCGCCGCCGGCUGGCUGCGUCUGUCGGUGAGCGCUCCCUACUGGCUGGUGAACCGCACCGGCCUGCCGCUGGUGGUGGCCCAGGAGCAGACCGAGCAGACCGAGGCGGCCGGCCAGGAGGCCGACCACGAGCGCGCCCGCUCUGUGGCGCCGCUCAUGUUCUCACUGAGCGACCCCGAGGCGCCGCACAUGAUGGUGGCGCGACUGGGGCGCGGACAGCACCCGGACGGCCUACCGCGGUGGUGUCAUCACUUCCACCUGCAGCCCGGUCUCAGUUUCCGGCGUCUGCGUGUCUCGCCCCGCGAUACCCGGCGGCCAGACAUCGUCUACGUAGUCGGUAUCGAGACUCGCCCGGGCCGCGGUCGGUACGGCGACACCCAUAUCAUCACCGUGUCGCCGCGGUUCCAGGUCGACAACAGGUCGUCACACCGGCUGCUACUCUCGCAGCUGCACUUCGCUGAGUCAUUCGUGAACCCUGCGGCGCAGCAGCAGUGGGUGCUGGCCGUGCCCGACUCCCAGAUGGCGUUCCACUGGCCGCGCCACGACUGCGACCACCUGCUCUGCGUCAAACUGGCUGACGUGGCCGACUGUCACUGGUCGGGCGGCUUCCUCAUCGACCGCACUGACAGCUUCCACAUCAACGUCAGGGACAAGGACGGCCUGAGUCGCUUCCUGCGCGUCGAGGUGGUCCUCCAGAGCGCCACCUACUACGUCGUGUUCAUGGACGCGGACGCCAUGCCGCCCCCGUUCCGAGUCGACAACUUCUCCGAGGUCAACAUCACUUACUACCAGAGCGGCACCCAGGAGCACUACCGCCGGAGUGCGGUUCGGCCUCGCUGCUCGGCGCCCUACGCCUGGGACAUGCCGCCGUGCCAGCCGCAAAGCCGACCCACGCUGACCGUGGUGGCACCCGGCGGACAGGCCGACACUUUCGACCUCAACCAGCUCAACCAGCGCAAGACCCUACACUACGACAACUUCAUGUUCAUCGCCUUCUCCGGCACAUUCGGAGGUCCGUCUGGCGCGGCGUUCGACCCCCAGAACGUCGAGUGUCGCCAGCUGGUACUGGACGUGGCGGACGGAGUGGUGGUGCUGCGCAGAAAGGAGCCCGGUGUGCGGUCCCAGCUGUGGCGUCACCUGCCCACCGGUCACCUGGUGCACGAGGGUAGCAGCCCGCCGCGGGACCUCCGUCAUCCGGAGAGCACCGACCGGCUGAUGGUGCUGGACAUCGCCACGCCGGGUAUCCAGCCGUACGAGUGUGUACCGCUGCGGCUGAGGCGUCUGGACGCGCGCCGGCAGUUCACGCAGCGCUGGCAGUUCACGGCCGACGGCCGGCUCUGCUGUCAGCACCCCAACCUGUUCGUACAGGCCCAGGACGGCUUCAGCGGGCUCUGCAGAGGGAAGCACGCAGUGCUCGGCCCGGUGUCAGUGCUACCGCCGGGCAGCCCCAUACCACCCGAACAGGCCGUCCAGCCGCAGAUGCAGUGGCCCGGCUCCGGGGAGCUCACUGUGAGGGUGGUGACGGACGGACCGACGCGCGUGCUACAGGUCACGGACGCCAAACCCACCGGCAAGCCGACGUUCGCGCGCCUGGACCGCGACUGGUUAGUGGUGGGAGAGAGCAGCGGCUCGAGACUGGUGGCCGCCGCUGGGUCCACCGAGGAGCGGCCGGCCGCUGGGCAGACGGAGCUCACCGUCAAACUGCACCUGCCGGCAGGCGUGGGCGUCAGCCUGGUAUCGGCCACCCCGCCGGCCGAGCUGUUGUACCUGUACCUGGGUGAUAUCGCGGCAGAGUGCCGGCGCACGGCGUCCCGCCUCUCCCUGGACGGCAGCGUGCGCCACGUGCAGGCCGACUGUCAGCUCAUAGACACCCAGGCGCCAUGUGUGCUCCAUGUGACGCCCGGAGCGGCUACAGAUGAUAGGAGACACCUGCCCGCCGUGUGUUUCGCUGUGCAGAGCGUACCGAGCGCCUGCGAGCGGUGGAGGAUCCUGGAGCACCUGGUGUUGUCGGUGAAGGACCUGACACUGACGCUGGAGGAGCGGCUGCUGUACCACCUGCUCCACUUCAUCGGAUACAAGGACGACGCAUCGGAGGUGAACCAGCUGGAGGAGUCUGACCACGAGACGCAGCGGGCCCUAAAGGCGGCCACUUCGUCUCAGAACACGCGCUACUACUGCCGCCUGCUGCAGCUCGCCCUGAAAAAGGUGCGUCUGAGCGUGUUGACCUCGGCGCGGCUGCGGCCCGAGCUGGCGGCCGUGCGUGCCAAGUUCGGCCGGCGACUGGUCCAGUUCGAGGGAGCUCACGUCGAGCUGGAUCCGUUCGUGCGCCACCAUCCAUUUGAGACGGCCGCCAAACUUACUGACUCCGUGCUUGAACACUACAAGGAGGAGCUGAAGUCUCAGGCGGCCAUCAUCCUGGGCUCCACCGACUUCCUGGGCAACCCGCUCGGCCUGCUGAGUGACGUCACAGAGGGCGUGUCCGGUCUGGUGCGUGAGGGAGACGUGGGCGCUCUGGUGAAAAACGUCACCCACGGCGUGGCCAACUCCACGGCUAAGGUCACAGGCUCCCUAUCGGACGCCGUCGGCUGGGUGACCAUGGAUGAAAAGCACGACGACAGCCGGCGCCGGAUCCUGGACAACCCCGGAACAGACGACCACCUGAUGACCGGCCUGCGUGGCUUCGGGCUGGGACUGUGGGGCGGCGCCUCCUCGCUAGUCGUACAGCCCAUCCAGGGCGCCUCCGCCGAGGGAGUCUGGGGAUUUUUCUCCGGUAUCGGUAAAGGUCUGGUGGGCACGGUGACCAAGCCGGCGGUGGGCUUCCUGGACCUGGCCACCGGAGCAGCCAAGGCCGUCAAAGACACCAGCAGCGGCUCCGACCGACAGGCGCCGCCGCGGGUCCGUCCGAUCCGCGUGGUGCAGGGUGCCGGCGGCCUGCUGCCCCGCUUCAGCGGACGGGACGCAGAUGGACAGGAGCUGCUGAAUACGGUCACCGACCGGCACCCGGACGAAAGGUUCGUGGCGUACGAGGUGCUGUGUCCCGGCGAGCAGCGUGCCACCCCCACCUCCGACCGGGACACCCUGUACCCGGAGCUGCUCAGUUACGGCCGCGGCGACCUGCGCGUGCUCAUAUCGACGGAGAUGGUGCGCGUGCUGUCACACAGCAGUCCCGGCGCAUACACACUCAACUAUACAGUCCAUUUCAGUGAGCUGGACGAGUGUCGUCCGUCGAUAGAGCGGGACCCGUAUGGCACACACAUCUACAAGGUGGUGCUUACCGUCAGCGGAGGGGGCGGGUCCGGCCGAAAACCGGCCUUCGUCUGCCAAAACAACAACGUCGCCUUCAAGAUCACCGAGCUGAUCAACUUCGGCAAGAGCUGCUACGAGGAGUUGAAGCACACGGUACCGAUCUCGGAGGCGCCGGCUCCGUACGAGUGAGAUGUCAGUCUCACACCAGUGAGCCGCUGAUCCUGUACGGAUGAGACACGACACCGGCCCAUUCUAAUGAGGUAUCAGUCGCACGAGGAUGCCGUUGAGGAUGCCGCUCGAUCGCGGGUGGUUGGUCGGAAGACUGCCGCUGUGUCUUGGGCUGCCGUUAUUUCUGUCUUAUUUGCUGGUCGAUCGUUUAGGGGACGAUAUAGCCGUGUGCCUUGUGGGACUUUUAGUGCCUGAAUGUGGACGGGAUUGCGGGACGGGCUAGUCGUGAUCUGCAGCUGUUCCUUGACUUCCAGCGCCUCUCAUCGGGCAUCCGUUAUAUUUGUUGCAAUUACCUGGGGCAUGUGAUCGAACAAACACGGGAUUGUAGGCAUUGUAUGCGCUGGGGAGCACAACUCGUAACUUCAAAUACUGUACCGGCUGUGUAUUCUUUACGGGAUCGAUCGCACACUUGACGCCGUGCCGUGUGUGCCAGUACCAUGUACAGUGCCGUGUUCAUCCGUCGGGAAAAUGUGAUGACCGUUAGCGUACCUGCAAUACGAUGCAAUGAGGCUGAGACCUAGAAUGGCGGUUUGUGUGAUCAGAAUUUAGAACGUGUGCUGUGCGUAUGCGAGAGGUGACGUGAUGGCCCGGGCCGCAAUUACUGCAGGGAAACGCCGUGGCCAGUGGCUUCCUAGUUGACUUGUGCACCAGCUUGCAUAUCACCGCCUCGCACUGUUGCGUUCUGUAGCUGGGGUCGGGGUUUUGUAGCCAAAGAGUCUAUCGUUGAAGUGUGGCUGUUAGUGACGGUCAAUCCACGAGUGUCCGAGUGAUUCAUGCUUAUAUGCGCUUCGUAGUGUCUUUGUUCGAUGAUCAUGACCAAGAUAAGAAAUAAUACAUUAUGCACCAAUGCG